GCCGGUCCUCACACGUUCGGCCUGCACGUCGUCGUGGCGCCGCACCAUCAGCAUGCAUCGCGUGACGACGACGCACUGAUAGCGCCUUGCUUUGCAUCUCCACAUCUCCAUUGCGGUUCCUGCAUCGAAGCGGCUGGAUCCACGGCCAUCCAAUCGCGAUCUCCAAUUUUCUCCUGUCGCUGUGGGCCGCACGAUUUACCUUGACGACGCGAUAAGAGUAUCUGCAACCCCAGAUAUUUACCCCCCCAGAUUCCUACCCCCCAGAUACGCUAUUUCCCGGUACACCGCCAACCUCGGGAGACUCGACAACACACUCUCAACCAAGACGUUCGAGAUGAAGGACGAGGUAUCCCUUGAGAGUCGGGUCGCCGACGAGGCGCCGGGCGGCUCGCAGCUCGUCGAUGGCAUUGUUUCACUCGACCCCGCCUCGCAGCUCCAACGUGGUCUGAAGAGCCGGCACAUCCAGUUUCUGGCACUGGGAGGCGCCAUCGGAACCGGUCUGUUCGUCGGAUCUGGUGCGAGCCUCGCCAUCGUCGGCCCUGUGCCGUUAUGGCUGGCCUAUCUCUCCAUGAUGUUGGUCGUGUGGAUAGUGAUGAACACCAUCGCCGAGAUGACGACGUACCUGCCCAUGAGGGGCAUCACAUUGCCCUACUUCGCCGACCGUUUUGUCGACGGGAGCCUAGCCUUCGCGCUAGGAUGGAACUACUGGUACGCCUAUGCGAUCUUGGUUGCGGCAGAGUCGACCGCCGGCUCCAUCUUGCUCCAGUACUGGGACACGCCCGUCCCGUCGGCCGUCUGGAUCACCAUCAUCCUGCUCGUGGUUCUGUUGCUGAACAUCUUCGCCGUCUCGGUCUUUGGCGAGGCCGAGUUCUGGUUCGCCAGCAUCAAGCUCAUCACGAUCCUCGGCCUGGUGAUCGUGGGCAUCGUCAUCAUGGCCGGCGGCGCACCCGCCGGCGGAGCGAUCGGGUUCCAUUACUGGCAUGACCCGGGCGCCUUCAAGGAAUACGUCGGGACCGGCGCGACGGGGCGCUUCACCGCCUACUGGACCGCGUUUGUCCGAGCCGGCUUCAGCUUCAUCACGUCCCCGGAACUCAUCGGUCUGGCCGCCGGCGAGACGGUGGCCCCCCGCCGCAACAUCCCCAAGGCCGCCCGCCGCUUCCUCGCCCGCCUCGCGCUCUUCUACGGCGUCAGCACCCUGAUCGUCGGCGCCAUCGUGCCCUCGGAUGACCCGCACCUGCUGUCGCCCGAGUCCAACGCCAACGCGAGCCCGUGGGUCAUCGGCAUCCAGCGCGCCGGCAUCCGCGGGCUGAACCACGUCAUCAACGCGGCGAUCCUGACGUCGGCCUGGUCCGCCAGCAACGCCUUCCUGUACUCGGGCUCGCGCGUGCUGUACUCGAUGGCGGCCACGGGCCAGGCGCCCCGCGUCUUCGCCCGCACCAACCGCCGCGGCGUGCCCUACCUCGCCGUCCUCGCCACCUGGGCCGUCGGCCUGCUGGCCUACCUCAACGUGUCGGAGAACGGCGCCCGCGUCUUCGGCUGGUUCUCCAACGUGUCGACCAUUUCGGGCUUCAUCGCCUGGAUCGUCAUCAUGGUGACCUACCUGCGCUUCCGUGCCGCGCUGACCGUCCAGGGCCUGCUGCACACCCUGCCGUUCCGCACCGUCGCGCAGCCGUACGCCACGUGGGCCACGCUGGCCAUCGUCAUCCUGCUGACGCUCACCAACGGGUUCCAGGUGUUCUCGCCCAGCCGGUGGAACUAUCAGGACUUUUUGGCCGCGUACAUCACGAUCCCGGCCUUUCUGCUGCUGUACCUGGGGCACAAGCUGUGGUUCCGCACGCCGUUCGCUAAGAAGGCAGAGGACAUCGACGUGUUGACCGGCAAGAAGGAGAUGGACGAGUUCUGCGCGAAUGACCGCCCGCCGGUGGCGAAGAACUUUGCGCAGAAGAUCUGGUUCUGGAUUGCAUGAUGUCCGGGUAAACAUGGACACAGUAUGUGGCAUAAGCGAGCAGCUGUGCGAUGUACCUAAGAACCUCCAAUGUCCAGGUGCCAGGAAUUGCUUAAGGCAUGGAUGGACCAGGCUUGCGCCGUCAAUCUAAGAAAGGUCCUUCUCUCUCCCCCCUCUCCUCUCUCCUUCUCUCCAUUCUCUUCUUCUCUUCUCCGUUCUCCUUUCCCCUCUCCUCUCAUUCUUGCUAUCCCGCCCUUCUCCCCAUUACAAGAUCUCCGUGUGGUGAGCCAGCCG